CGGAGCGGCUCGGGCCGGUCCCCCGCCGCGGCCGCCGGACGGGAUGAAGCUGCGGGUGUUUUUAUGGGGGCUCUACUGGCUGGUGCUGCCGCUCGCCCUGCUCGCCGCCUGCAUUUUCCGCUUCAAUGUCCUCUCCCUGGUGUACCUGCUCUUCCUGCUGAUCUUGCCCUGGUUUCCGGGACCCAAACGGGGCUCUGCCACAGGUCAUGCCGGAUGCAUCCUCAAAUGUCUACUGGCAAUCAGCAGCCUCUUCGUCCUUGCCCACUUGGUUUUCCAGAUAGGCCUGUACACGAUUCCCACUCUGGAUCAGCUGCUGGGGCUCAACUGCAGCUCCUGGGAAGUCCUUUCUCGGCACAUCGGGGUCACCAGGCUGGAUUUGAGCAAUAUUCCCAAUGUGGUGCGUCUUGUGGCACCUGAUGUUGGCAUCCUGCUGAUCUCAGUCAUGUCCUUGUGCCUGUGCCGCCUCGUCCCUAAGACCUCCUACAUCCAGAGAACGGAUUUCUUGGACUUCUCUGAGCUGAGGGAAGUGAAUGUGGGUCAUCACAGAUGCGCGGCCCACGCAGCCCACACAGACCACGCAACCCAACCACUGAGGAACCAGCUGCGGGUGAAGGCUGACUGGCUGCUCUGGCAGGCCGGGAAAGGACUGGCCAGCCUGCUGCUGGCAUUGGCGGGGAUCACGCUGCCCUCCGCCUCCUCCAGCGUCUACUACCUGCUCUUCUUGGGGCUGUGCCUGUGGUGGGCCUGUCACCUCCCCACCAGCCGCCAGGCCUUCAACAUCGUCUUCAUCCUUAUUGGGAUCUACAGCUCCAGCCACCUCCUCUGCCUCUAUGCCUACCAGACACCCUUUGUCCAGGGGAUCUUCCCACCCCCCAGCAUCUGGGCACGAGUGUUCGGCUUCAAGGACAUCAUCCUUUACCACAACUGCUCCCAGCCCAACACCCUGGAGCUCAACACCAGCCACCCCUGGCCUGUCUAUGCCAACCCUGGCAUCCUACUCCUGCUCUGCUACACCGUGGCCACCCUGGUGAAGCUGCGCUUGCGGUACCCCCAAGCAGCCACGUCAUGGCCAGAUGUGCCGCAGAGCGUGCAGAUGGAGAUGGAGAACUGGCCCAGGGGCACUGAUGGUGUGGCUGAGGACACCGGCAGCGUGGCUGAGGACCCGGGUGGCAUUGCUGAACUCAUUGGCGGCACGGCUGAGGACACCAAUGGCGUUUCUGGGGACACCAGCGGCAUGGCUGAGGUCACCCAGCCCAUGUUGUCCUCCGGCACUGGGAGGCCGAACGUUGGCACCGAGAACUGCACCACCCACAUCAUGAACACCCAACAAUGCAGGAGACAUACAGCGGCAUGGCUGCCCCUGCACAUCCUGACCUUUGUCAUCAUGAGACAGAGCUACAUCUGUGCCCUCAUCUCGAUGCUGGUGUGGAGCAUCACCUACCACAGCUGGCUGACCUUUGUGCUGCUGCUGUGGUCAUGUCUCAUCUGGACAGUGCGGAACCGCCAGAACUUUGCCCUACUCUGCUCACCCUUCCUUCUCCUCUACGUCAUCACUCUGUGCUGCCUGGACUACGUGUGGUCCAUGGAGCUGGUCCCUGAACUGCCCACCCAUGCUGGCUUCAUGAGUCUUGAUCAGCUGGGGCUGGUGCACCACAAAAAUCCCUCUGUUGUCUUGGGAGCGAAGCUCCUGCUCGUCCUCCCCUUCUGGCCACUGCUGCGGCAGUUCAUUGAUGAGAAGGUGCUAAAGAAGAAGCCCUUGAUCGUCAAGUUCAGGAAGAUGUCCAACACGGAGGCAGAUGUCACCCAGCCAGGGAAUAUACUGCAAAGGCUGGGGUAUGCGCUGCUGAAUUUGAUUGCCAAGUUCUGGAUCUGUGUCUGUGGCGGCAUGUUCAUCGUAGUGAGCUUCGUUGGCCGCCUUGUCGUCUACAAGAUUGUCUACAUGCUCCUCUUCCUCCUCUGCCUCAUCCUCUUCCAGGUGUACUACAGCCUGUGGCGCAAGGUGCUGAAGGGCUUCUGGUGGCUGGUGGUGGCGUAUACCAUGCUGGUGCUCAUCGCCAGCUACACCUUCCAGUUUGAGGACUUCCCCAUGUACUGGAGGAACCUGACAGGCCUCACUGAUCACCAGUUGAGGGACAUGGGCUUGGAGCAGUUCAGUGUCUCCAAGCUCUUCUACAACAUCCUCAUCCUGGGCUUCUUCCUCCUGGCCUGCAUCCUCCAGCUCCAUUACUUCCAUGAGGCCUUCAUGUACAUCACCGACCUGCAGCAUGCCCGCGAGCCCUCUGUGUCAAUCUUCUCCGGCCCUUGGUCGAUGGAGAAUCCAAACCAAUCAUCAGAGGGUGGGCCCGCUCCUGAGGACGCCGGGACCAGCAUCUCCAGCAAGUCACUGGCGACCAACAAAUGGAAGCUGGUUCUGGAUCGCUUGAUCGUGCUGGGCCAGACCUUCUCGAACAUGCUGACCUGCGUGGAGGUCUUUGUGGGGCGUCUGCUGGAGCUCCACAUCCUCAAGCUGGUGGCUCUUUACACCAUCUGGGUGGCCCUGGAGGAGGUCUCAGUGAUGAACUUCGUGCUGGUGCUGCUGUGGACCCUCGCCAUGCCCUACUGCCGCUUCCGCCACAUGGCCUCGUGCCUCUCCACCAUCUGGACCUGCAUCAUCAUUGUCUGCAAGAUGCUCUAUCAGCUCGAGAUCGUUGAGCCCCGCGAGUACUCCAGCAACUGCACUGAGCCCCUGCUCAAUGCCACCAACCUGAGUCUGGAGGAGAUGGGCAACUCCACCCUGUACCGCGGCCCUGUGGAUCCUGCCAACUGGUUUGGUGUCCGGAAGGGGUUCCCCAACCUGGGAUACGUCAAGAACCACCUCCAGGUGCUGCUGCUGCUGGUGUUUGAGGCAGUGGUGUACCGAUACCAGCAUUACUACCGCCUGCAGCACAAUGAGAAGACUUCCGACACCGAGGCCAUCUUCAGAGAGUUGCAGUCGAAACGUGACAGGGACAUGGACAGGGACAGGGACACGGACAGGGACACGGACAUGGAUGGGCACACAGACAGGGACGUGGACGGGCACACGGACAGGGACGCGGACGUGGACAGGGACGCAGACACGAAAUUGAACCGCAACAGGGACCUCAUCGCGUUUGCCAAACACUUAAUCAACUACUUCUACUACAAGUUUGGCUUGGAGAUCUGCUUCCUGAUGAUGGUGACCGUAAUCGGGCAGCGGAUGAACUUCCUGGUGAUCCUGCACGGCUGUUGGCUCGUGGUCAUGAUGACGCUGCGGCGCCGGGCAGCCAUCGCCCGCCUCUGGCCCAAGUACUGCCUCUUCCUCGUCAUCUUCUUCCUGUACCAGUACCUGCUGUGUCUGGGCAUGCCACCCGCCCUCUGUGUGGAUUAUCCAUGGCGAUGGAGAGUCCCCAUGAACUCGGCACUCAUCAAGUGGCUCUACCUGCCUGACUUCUUCAUGCCCCCCAAAUCCACCAAUCUCAUCAACGACUUCUUGCUGCUGCUGUGCGCGGCGCAGCAGUGGCGCGUGUUCGAGGCCGAGCGCUCCGAAAUCUGGCGACGGGCAGCGGGUGACAACGAGGAGCGGUUUGACCGCGAGAAGGACCCCUACAUCAGGGAGGAGAACUUCCUCCACUGCCGGUGCUACCUGGACAUGGUGAAGGUGGUGAUCUUUCGCCACCUCUUCUGGUUCGUGCUGGUGGUGAUCUUCAUCACCGGGUCCAACCGCAUCAGCCUCUUCGGUCUUGGCUACCUGCUGGCCUGCUUCUACCUCCUCCUCUUUGGCACGGCGAUGCUGUGCAAGCCGACCCGCCCCCGCCUGGUGGUCUGGGACUGCCUCAUCCUCUACAACGUCACAGUCAUCAUCUCCAAAAACAUGCUGUCGCUCCUUUCCUGCGUCUUUGUGCAGCAGAUGCAGAACAACUUCUGCUGGGUGAUCCAGCUCUUCAGCCUCGUCUGCACCGUCACGGGCUACUACGACCCCAAGGAGAUGGGCAAGGACCAUGACUGCUCCCUGCCUGUGGAGGAGGCGGGAAUCAUCUUGGAUAGCAUCUGCUUUUUCUUCCUCCUGGUCCAGCGGCGUAUUUUCCUCAGCACCUACUAUGUGCAUGUCCUGUGGGACCUCAGAGCCUCUACCCUGCAGCCUUCCAGGGGUGUUGUGCUGUUCCAGGCCAGCAUCAUGAAGAACCUGCACGCCCACCAAAGAGCCGAGAAUAAGUCGCUGGCCCAGCUGAAGCGGCAGAUGGAGCGGAUCCAAGCCAAGCAGGAAAAGUACCGUCAGGAGCAGCUGCACCGCGCUGCCAGCAAGAAACAGGAUGAGGCUGGGACAGCGCCCCGUGGCCCGGCGGACCCGUCCCAGCAGAGGGAGCGGUGGUGGAGGCCAGGGUUAGACCACGCCGGAGUGCUGCAUUCUGGGGAAUACUUCCUCUUCGAUUCGGACAGCGAGGAGGAGGAGGAGGAGGUGCCAGAGGACUUGCAGCCAGGGAGACAGGGCCCCUUCCAGCUCAUCCACCAGGCCAUGGUGACCAACACCAGGACGGUGCUCCAGCAGCAGGCACAGCGGGCGCAACCCCAUGCUGAGGGUGCUGCAGGGGACCGUGGAGGGAGAGAGGCAGAGUUGGAGGCUGAAGAGCCUGAACGCCAGGAAGAAGGGACUGUGGCACGUCCUGGUAGGCUGUCUCCAGAGCAGAGCAAUGUGUUGCAUCGGGCACUGAACAUGCUGCGGUUCCUGUGGCUGCUGUGCCAGGCGGUGGUGGAUGGGCUGACUCAGUGGAUGGAGGACUGCACCCAGGAAUACAUGGACAUGUUCAACGUCCUAUACGUGGAGAGAUAUAUGAUCGCUAUGCAUCUGUCUGCUGGAGAGAAGAUUAGUGAUGGGAUCCUGGAUAGAAUGUACCUGGACCGGCCACCGGAGCAGCCGUCAGAGGAGCUGUCAGAGGAGCCGUCAGAGCAACCACCAGAGCAGACACCUGAGGGGCCACCUGAGGGGCCACCAGAGGGGCCCCCAGAGGAGCUGAGCCCACACAGGUCUUUGAGUAUAGACACCCAAAACGGCGCUGCUGCCCAGCGGGUGCAGAGAUACCCCUCAAGGGAGCAGCUGGCCCUGCCACAGGAAGGGGGGCUCAUUCCCCCUGAGGGCAGCCAGGAGCAGGUGAUAUCUGAGGGGUCCUUAGAGGCUGUAACUGGGUCUCGGCAGCGUCUCUCCGUGCUCCAGAACCGCAGGAGGACGGCCAGUGAGCUCCUCCUGCUCAGGAAGACAAACACCCCAAUGCUGGAAGAGUCAAAGCUUUUCUAUCAGUCCCACAACCGGUUCCUGAAGCUGCUGCUUACCACGUACCGCUGUGCGACCGCCCACUCUGAGCUGGUCUGCUACUUCAUCAUCAUCCUCAACAACAUAGUGUCUGCCUCCAUCAUCUCCCUCUUUCUGCCCAUCCUCAUCUUCCUCUGGGCCAUGCUCUCCAUCCCCCGGCCCACCAAGCGCUUCUGGAUGACCGCCAUCAUCUUCACUGAGGUGAUGGUGGUGUUGAAAUACCUCUUCCAGUUCGGGUUCUUCCCCUGGAACAGCUACUCCACACUGCUGCGCAAUGAGGGCAAGCCCUUCUUCCCACCACGCAUCCUGGGCUUGGAGAAGAGCACCCGCUACCUCAAGUAUGACCUCUUCCAGCUCCUGGCCCUCUUUUUCCAUCGCUCCCUGCUGCAGACAUAUGGGCUAUGGGACUGUGAUGAGGCCUCCAUAUCCAAGAAGAAGAUGGAGGCAGAGUGGACAGAGGAAGAGGAAAACCAGGAGGAAGCAGCACCCCCGGCGGUGGUGGUGUUUGAGGAAGGGCUGGAGGCUCCAGAAGAGCCAGGAGCACCAGGCUCAAACGUGGGAUUGGAGUCGGAGGGUGAUGCCGUGGGGCAGGAAGAGGGGAGUGAGGCCAUGGAGCUCCGCUACAGGAAGAAGUCGACUCAGGGGAGGAAGACAGCAGAGGAAGGGAGCACCAGUUCCAUGUUCUCACAAGGGUGGCAAGGCUGGCAGCGCCACAGUGCGGGGGACCCUGACUGUUCUGUGUGCUUAGCCUUACUUCCUAGGGAGAGGACUGGAGAGCCAGAAGAGAGCAAUGCUCAGAGGAAGCUGAAGGCAUUUGGGUUGUUGGUCAUGUACUUCUUCCUCACCACAGCACAGAACAUGUACCAGCCAGUGCGCAAGUUCUUCAAGGACAUUCUGCACACUGAGAACCGCGCAGCCACCGACGUCUACGCCUUCAUGUUCCUGGUCGAUGUGGUUGACUUCAUCAUCAUCAUCUUUGGCUUCUGGGCCUUUGGGAAACACACGGCAGCCACCGACAUCACCUCCUCACUGUCAGAAAACCAAGUGCCGCAGGCUUUCCUGGUCAUGCUGCUCUUCCAGUUCACCACCAUGAUCAUUGACCGUGCGCUCUACCUCCGCAAAACCGUGCUGGGCAAGCUCAUAUUCCAGAUCGCCCUGGUCUUUGGCAUCCACGUCUGGAUGUUCUUUAUUGUGCCAGCCGUCACUGAAAGGUUGUUCAACCUCAACAUGGUGGCCCAGCUGUGGUACUUUGUGAAGUGCAUCUACUUUGCGCUGUCAGCCUACCAGAUCCGCUGUGGUUACCCGACCCGCAUCCUGGGCAACUUUCUUACCAAGAAAUACAACUACCUCAACCUCUUCCUCUUCCAGGGAUUUCGCCUCGUGCCCUUCCUGGUGGAGCUGCGGGCUGUGAUGGACUGGGUCUGGACAGACACCACGCUGUCUCUCUCCAACUGGAUGUGUGUGGAGGACAUCUAUGCCAACAUCUUCAUCAUCAAGUGCAGCCGUGAGACUGAGAAGAAAUACCCCCAGCCCAAGGGGCAGAAGAAGAAGAAGGUUGUGAAGUAUGGUAUGGGGGGUCUCAUCAUCCUCUUCCUUGUGGGCAUCAUCUGGUUCCCCCUGCUCUUCAUGUCACUGGUGCGCUCUGUGGUGGGCAUCGUCAACCACCCCAUCGAUGUCACCGUCGCCCUCCAGCUGGGGGGGUACGAGCCACUGUUCACCAUGAGCACCCAGCAGCAAUCCAUCCAGCCCUUCACCCCUGAUGACUACGAAGACCUCACCCGGCAUUUCGAGCACGACCCGGUGGCCAUGCAGUUCAUCACCCUCUACGGCUACGAGGACAUCGUGACCGCCCGCAUCGAGGGCAGCUCGGGCUCGCUCUGGAGCGUCAGCCCCCCCAGCCGUGAGCAGAUGCGGCAGGAGCUGCUGAACAGCUCCUCUGACAUCACAGUCCGCUUCACCUGGUCCUUCCAGAGGGACCUCGGCAAGGGGGGCACGGUGGAGACCGCCUUUGACAAGCACACCACCGACCUGGCGCCCGGCGCACCUGAGCGCCUGCAGCUGGCCCAGCUGCUGGAGGGCACCCGGGACGACCCCGUGCGAGUGGCCAACCUGUUCCCCAGAUAUGUCCGGGCGCCCAAUGAUGUCGACGCUGAACCUGUUGAGCAGCUACUGCCAGAGGGCGAGGAGAGCUACAUGGAUGUGGAGGUGCAGCUGAAACGGGAGCGCAGGGGCCGAGGGAGCGACAGCUUUGUGGAGUGGUGGGUGCUGCGGCUGAAAGAUGCCCCCCCCGAGGAUGGCAACGUCCUGCCCAUGAUCAUCUUCAACGACAAAGUCAGCCCCCCCAGCCUGGGCUUUCUGGCUGGCUACGGGAUCAUGGGGCUGUACGUGUCCAUCGUGCUGGUGAUCGGGAAGUUCGUGCGGGGUUUCUUCAGUGAGAUCUCCCACUCCAUCAUGUUCGAGGAGCUCCCGUGCGUGGAUCGGAUCCUGAAGCUGUGCCAGGAUAUUUUCCUGGUGCGGGAGACAGGCGAGCUGGAGCUGGAGGAAGAGCUCUAUGCCAAGCUUAUCUUCCUCUACCGCUCACCCGAGACCAUGAUCAAGUGGACACGGGAGAAGCAAUAAGGGGAGGGGGGCUCCAGCCCCCUCCCCUCGCAGGGACAUCACCGCCAAUGCCUUAACCAGCCCCCCCCUCCGAAGCUGGGGUCGCAUCCUGCCCCAGGAGGUGGUGGGAUGUGGGGUUCUGGCCGCUCGCUUUGAGGGAGGAUGUUUUUCUGGAUGUUUUCCUUACGUUGUUUUGAAGCCAUUCCACCUGCACAGACCACGUUGUGCCUUCCCAGGGAGGGGGACAGCAGGUGGUCCCCCCACCCCCUGGGUGCCCCUGGCUGCCAGGUGGGGAUGGGGGGGUCAGGAGCCGGCCUGUACCCUCUCCCUUGUUGUCCCCAACCCCGUUCCAGAACUAGGUUGAACUCAAAAGCAAUACCGCCCCCAUCUCCAGGAUGGGGGUCCUGAGUUAUGGCCCCUCCAGUUGGGGGGAGGGGUUCUGGCAACCCCAGUUGGACUUCAGACACUUGUUGACUUCGAGUUUGUUUUUGUUUUUUAUGAAUUCAAAUGGUUUAUUUAUACAGAUAUUGAAUAAAACAAACUUGAGGCCU